UUAUCUGAUUCUGUAUUUGUCCCUCUUCGGGGCAUUGCUUGGACUCUGAAAAUGAAUAGUUUCUGGUUUUUAAGUAUAUGCCUAACAAAGACUUGUCAAGUUGUCUGCCCAUGGAAGUUGUUUCAGAUUAUGAUAAAGCAUUACCAUGGUUGGAUUGGACUGUGAGGUUGAAGAUUGCAAGUGAAGCUGCUGCAGCUCUGUCUUUUCUACAUCACGAAUGUGUUCCAUCCCUUGUUCACAGAGGUAUUCAAUCUAGCAGCAUACUUCUUGAUGACAAGUUUGAAGUGCGAUCAGGAAGCCUUUGUUACAUCUCUGAUGAAGAACAAAGGAUCAGUCAAGAUAAGUUGCACUCUAUAAGAAUCAGUCGGAAAGCGAUUCCCAAGUUCCUGCAGUUCCCAAAGUUAUUAAUGAUGUGAUACUUAUUCUAUUUUGACCAAUAUUUUGAUAAAAUAUCAAAGUUUAGCCAUGCCUUAGUAAUUUAAAUGGAGAAACAAACUAUACAAGAAGAACUUGGGAAGUAAAUUUUUCAUUAUUGUAGAGGCAUAAUUUUUGUUUUCAAUUUCAUUGGAAAAGUUGAUGGAUUUUGAUGCAAGCAGGAGGAUCCAAGCACAAAAUGUUGGUACAUGACUUAUCUAGUGUGACAGAAACCUACCUUUGUAUGGUGGAAGUUUGGCCUAGAUCCUUGCCAAUUUCAUCAUUACCUGAAAAUUGAGUAGAGACAAAAUGAUAUGUAGCCUGGCCAGCUAUAAAUGUCCUUAAGAAACUAUGCUAAAAUAUGAGUAAUUCAUCCUUUUCAACCCCAGCUAGUACCUACAUUUACCAGAUUUUGCUAUGAAGCUCACUGUAAAGCACUUGAUUUAAGAAAUAUAGUUUAUCGGCUACCAAAAAGUAGAACCUUUUGGAAGCUUGUCAGAAACUUACUCUUCUUCUCCAUGCCACAUGAUACUCCAUUUUUGGCCAUACUUUAAUCUUCAAGCCCCCAGUUUAUCUGUCUCUCCGAGAACCAGUAGUGGAUUUUUUUUUGUUUUUUUUUUUAAAAUAGGGUACAAGGGUAGCCUAUUCUAAUGUGAUUAUUCUCUAAAUCUACUAUUGAAUGGCCAGGUACAACUAACGCCAUAUGCUCCUAUGAUGUAUUGCUUCAGAAAGGUUUUACUUGAAUUAAUUGCAGGCAAGCUGGGUUUCAGUGCUGAUAAUGAAUCUGCCAUCAAGGAUUGGAUGGAAAGUUCACUGUCUUAUAUAACUUCAGACAAUAAGGACUUCGUUGUCAGGAUCUUGGACCCGCCUUUAAUAGUAGAUAAGCAUCUUCGGAUGCAAGCAUGGGCAGUUGCUCUUGUUGCUAAGGCCUGCCUUAGUCCCAAGCCUUCUAAGAGAUCCCAAAUGCCACAUGUACGGGUGGCUUUGGAACAUGUCACAUCACCAAGCCUGGGUAAUGGAAACUUUCAACCCACUGGUCAUUUCAGGCCACUUGAUCCAAUUGAUGAUAUUGCAAAGAUCCUCGGGAGAUCUGCACUAAUAGGAAAGACAUACAAGGCAACCACAAAUAGGACAUAUUUGGGCAACAAUGUCUCAAGAAACCAUGAAAUCCUGGAACCUAGAGGGAUCAAUGAGCCUUGUCAAAAUCCAGAGUUCCUGGCUCACCCCAAUUUAACUGUGUUCUCUUUUCAAGAACUCAUGGAUGCAACCAGGAAUUCUAGAACAAUGGUUGGAGCUACAAAGCUUUGGACUAUAUACCAAGCUUGGCUUCAUGAAAAAUCCACGUCAAAGAGUGGCAGUGGUUCUGUAAUUGCUGUUCGAAAAUUGUACUCUCAGAAUAUGGAAGUAUUAGAUUUGUGUCAGUCACAGGCACACUUGCUUGGAAGCCUCUCUCAUCCAAACGUAGUUGAGAUCCUUGGAUACUGUUUGAAGGGGAAAGAGCUAUUCCUUGUUCAUGAAUUUAUGCAACAUGGAAGCUUGGAGAACCACCUCUUUAACAGGGGUUUCUUCCAUUCAGUCACUUUCCUGGGACAUAAGGCUGAAAAUUUUGAUUGAAGCAGCUCAAGGCCUGGCAUUCCUGCCCUCAGACAUAUUGCUUGAUGGUGGCUCAUGAACACCAACAGUGACAUAUAUGGUUUUGGUGUUGUAUUUGGUGGAAACACUUACUGGUCUAUCAGGGAAAGGCAAAUAUAGUCUACCAAGAUUAGGUUCAUGUGAUCUGAUUGAGUUUUUCAGGUCCCAUUUGUCUGACAGAAGACAGUUGGAGAAAGUUUUUGAUUCCCGGUUAGAAGAAAAAUACCCCUUAAAAGGUGCACUGCAUUUAGCUCUGCUUGCUCUAACAUGCCUUGACCCUGAACCCAAAAGCAGACCAUGGAUGAAAGAAGUUGUGGAGACUCUUCAACACAUUCAAUCUGCUCCAGGAAAACCAAAAAUCCAUGGAUAAACAGCUCAUCCAACAAGGUCAAGAACGUUUCAGUCUUAGUCCUCCACUUGUACCAAGAAAUCCAGGGCUAACCAUAAACAAGAUCAGCCAAAACUGUCUUUUAGACCUUAGCUUCCUGCUCUUCUGGCAUGGUGUGACUGGUAGAUGGAUAUCACAAAAAGUAAGGAACGACUCUCAGGCUCAGGUAAACAAACAUGUCCUCUUUUGGGAAAUAUUUGCUUAAAUUAAUCUGGAAAUAAAGUG